AUGUCAAUGCUAGAGAGACCGCCAGCGGUGAAGCGAAAGGCUCCAAUAGGCGAAGUUUUUCCUGAGGCGAAACGGUCUUGCAGUAUGUUUGCAAUGAAGCAAGAGUUCAAUAACCUCCUAUCAAAGAAGAGAGAAUUCCUAUCCAGACAGCGGACUUCCUCAUUACUGAUCCAUCCAUUGGAAAUAGAUGAGAGUCCAUUGAUUCCUGAGUUCUCGAAUUUCUAUCGUCGUCUUUCGAAUGCUCCUAUGGCGUCGGAGGAGCAUGCUGCACAGUUGGCUCUUAUUGAACAAGUGAUUCAAGAGUCUAUAAUAAUAGAAUGGCCUCGACCAGUGGAUGGAAUUUCGUCAACAAACGAACCAGUUGAAAUCGACAUGGCACCAUUAAUUCAUCGUGCUCGAAGCGUUGUAAAAUGCAGAACAAGCCAUCCGACGAUGAAAAUAAAAGUGUGUGCCAUCAGUCAAGAUUUUGUGGAUUCCUCACUUCCUCAGCCGAAAACCGUCGAAGCAUUCUUUCGUGCUUCGCUUGUGAAGAUUUCUCAAGAUGGCACUGGGCCCAGGCAAGUAGCAGGCCGCAUGAUUCUAACACAACGAGAAGGUACACCAGCAACUAAAACUUCGGAUCAAAAUGGUGCAACCGUCAGUGACGGGAAACUUAUUGCAAGUCAGGCUGCAUCUGACACUCACACAUUCGUGCUUUUGGACAGAAUGGGUGAACGAAACGCGAGGACAACCAACUUAAAAUUCGACAAUCAUGUGCUCUGCGCCACUUUUCCGGAAAUGGGAGUAGCUCUUAACUCGAUGGUGGAUCGAAGGCAGCUCGCCACUCGAUAUGCCGUACAAGUUGAGGUGGCGCUAAACAUCGACAACAAGCUGAUUGUUAAUCACGCAGUUCUAUCGCACCCUUUCUUGAUUGCGAUCACUAAUGAUCAAACCGAACCGCUAUUAUUCUCAAUAUUUUGGAGUCGAAUGCUUUCCACUGAGCAUACGGAGACAUCAGAAGUCUUCCGUGAGUCCUCCACCAUACCUUGGGCUGUUCUUCAUCAAGCGAUUAGACAGUUCGUUAAAGCACAAAUAGUGCAAGCUCGUAGCUUGCAUUAUCAUGAAAUAUGUCAUGUCCAGUGCAUGAUUUUACUGCCUCGUGUUAUACAAUGCAAAACAAUCGAGGAACUGGAUUCACUAGAGUUGGAGCUCUACGGUAAUUCCAAAUGCUCCAAAAACAAACAUAUCGAAUUAAGAAAUCGUCUAAUGACGGAACUAGUACUUCCAACAACUCCAAUUGAGCGAAGAGAGUUUAUGGUGGAUAAAUGCGUUUCGAUUUUGGAUAUGUCCACGGAAUUAUCACAUACUGUCUGGUCUUGGCUAUUUCGAGCAACGGAAAUGCUUCAAGAUGUUGGUCAUAAACUAUGCCCUAGCCCUAUGCUUGGAGAUAAAAAAGGCACAAAGACGAAAAAACAAAUGGCAGCAUCUGAGGAGUAUCAGACAAUGCUCAGUCUAUUCAAUAAAGGGAUCAUUACCAUGGCUAGUCCAUUAACCGUUCGUGAGGUUUUUCGUGACCAUUUCGCAGCACUCGGAACGAAUGCGAUGAUGAUACGAAUGUGUGAUGAGAACAGCGGCUUCUUCUCUUUUGUGUUUGGACUGGAGGAGGGCUCCAUGGAUGUCUUGCGAAUGGGGUCAAUCUCUGCCGAACAAGUCAAAGAUUUCAAACAAGGACUACCUGAGGUGCUUAUGGACGAGCAAUUUCCCUCAAAAUUCCCAUACCUUGUAAAGAUAGAAGCUAACGAUUCGUCAUCGAAAAUGGAUAUCUCUUCAACAAGGAAACGUUUGGUAUUCCACAGCUACGAAACAUUACGUCUAGACAACAGUAUUCAUGUCCAUGACGAUGAAUCCACAAGGAUUAACGUGCUUACUGGGGAGAAGGUGGCCAGAAUCCUUGUAUCCUCUGGUACUAAUUACUCAGUAUCAGGAAACUUUGGAGAAACAGUUGCAACAUUCGGAAGUCUCCCCGCAUUCCUUUCUCUGCUUCAACAGCAGAUUACGGUUCCAGCAACAACGUUCACAACGGCACCGAGAGGAGGAUUUGAUAUCCGCACUCUUCUGCGGAAUAUGCAACUUCCGGAGAAAGCUCAAGAUUCUGAAUCUGAAGGAGACGAAGGAGCCGAGAAUUUGUCACAUUCCUCAAACAACGAGCGAGAAUCAGCUGAAGAGCUUUAG